UUGCUGGGUGAGACAUCAGCCUGUGGGGCUCAGCAGACUAUAAAAGCCCUCGUAGUGUUUGGGCACACACAGCCAGAAACAGUUCUUGCUUCAACAGUGAUUGGACGGAACCUUCUAUGGUACUUGCCAUAGACAAGUUAUUCCAUAGCUUCCUUCAUAAAGAACGAGAUUACUAACUAUACGGCAAGAUGAAUUCCCAACUGCGCCAGAACUACAGCCAUGAUAACGAGGCGGCUAUCAACCGCCUGGUGAACCUCAAGAUGUAUUCCUCUUAUACUUACAUGUCCAUGUCCUACUAUUUUGACCAUGAUGACGUGGCCCUUCACCAUGUGGCUGAGUUUUUCAAGAAGUUAAGCCACGAGGAGAGGGAACAUGGUGAGGAUUUCUUGAAAUACCAGAACAAGCGUGGUGGCCGUAUCAUUCUGCAGGACAUCAAGAAACCAGAAAGGGAUGAGUGGGGCAGCACCUUGGAGGCCAUGCAGACUGCUAUGAAUCUGGAGAAGACUGUGAACCAGGCUAUGCUGGAUUUACACAAUCUGGCAACUGAUCGCAAAGACCCCCAUCUCUGUGACUGCCUGGAGUCUAAGCAUCUGAGGGAACACGUGGAGCGGAUUAAGAAACUCGGGCACCACAUUACCAACCUCAAGCGCCUGGAUGUCCCCCGGAGUGGUAUGGGAGAAUACCUGUUUGACAAGCACAGUUUGGAUGGGAGCUGCUAAGAGUAUCCUGCAUCACCGCAAACCAGAGAACAGCAGAUUAUAAAUUACACCAAUAUUAAAAUGUGUGCUGUAACAGUAUUUACUGUGCGUGUCAAUACAAGAGCUACAUCAUUA